AGACCAUUUAAGGAGAAAUAUUGGUAAAGAUUUUAUUGAUGACUAUAGCUAUAUACAAACUAUAGAGAACGAAGAAAAGGCUACAUAUCCCAAACAAAAAGUUUAGUGGAUUAUAAUAUCUUAUGUGGGCAAAAUGAAGGCAAAGAACGUUGAAUUAAGAAAUGAUGGCUAACAGGAAUUAAACCAGAAGGGAUGAUAACUAUAUAUCAGCUUAUGUUCUUGACCAAAUUGCGUAAGUUUUGUGCAACAUUGAGGAUUAACUUCGAAGCAUAUAACUUGCAGGUAUGGCUUAUCAUUGUGGAAACAUACAUGCUGACAUGUUUGGUGCUCAUAUAUCUCAGAGGAACCAAAAUAAGUUCACCAGAUUCAGGCAACCUCGGGCGACGAUAAAACAAAAUGGAGAAAUCUCCACCUCCAUUGGUAAAGAACCCAAAGCUAAGAUCCGAAUAGAAAUUAAACGUAUUCCUCUCCUGAGCUGAAGCCUGAGAUAUUUGAGAAGAAUUACUAUUACUAGUCUUCUGCCCAGUGGGAUCCAAAGCUAAGAUAAUGGAGUCGUCUCAACAAAAUUCACAGCCACCAACCACUCAAAGAUGCCAUUGCCUAUAAAUUCCAUGUUUGGCAAAAUACACACCAACCUCUGGAAAUGAAUCGGAUCGCUUGGCUCUACUUGACUUAAAAAGUAAAGUAUUCAACGACCGACUUGGAAUCAUGAGUGCUUGGAACGAUUCCAUGCAUUUUUGCGAUUGGGUUGGCGUUUCUUGCAAUCAAAGCAUCAGAAGAGUUGUGGGUUUGAGCUUGGAAGCUCGAAAGCUGAGUGGUUCGAUACCACCUUCUCUGGGGAAUCUUACUUAUCUCACUGAAAUCAGAUUGGGAGACAACAACUUGCAUGGCCAAAUUCCCCAAGAGUUUGGUCGACUGCUACGAUUGCGUCAUCUCAAUUUGUCUUUUAAUAACUUCAGUGGUGAGAUUCCAGUGAAUAUAAGUCAUUGCACUGAGCUGGUUGUUCUGACAAUUGGUGCCAAUAGGCUUGAAGGUCAAAUUCCAUCCCAAUUCUUCACGUUAACCAAGUUGGAGCUUCUCGGGUUUGGUGUCAACAAUUUGACUGGAACUAUCCCACCUUGGAUAGGUAAUUUUUCUUCAAUGCUUCGUUUGUCAUUCGCAAAGAACAACUUUCAAGGAGACAUUCCCAAUGGAGUUGGACGUCUGCAUAGAUUGAAAUUCUUCACAGUUUAUGGAAACUACUUCACAGGGUCAGUGCCGCUUUCAAUCUAUAAUAUAACUUCUUUGAAUUAUUUUUCUGUUACUCAGAAUCGAUUGCAAGUCCUAGUACCACCAAAUAAUGGAUUUUCUCUUCCCAAUCUUCAGAUUUUUUAUGGUGCUAUCAACAAUUUCAACGGGCCUAUUCCCACGUUUUUUGCGAAUGCCUCAAGUCUUCAAGAAAUAGAUCUUUCUGAGAAUAAUUUCACUGGUAAAAUACCUGAGGACCUGGGGAACUUAAACGACUUGGUGUUACUAAAUUUUGAUGACAAUAGACUUGGAACUGGGAAAGUUGGUGACUUGAGUUUUAUCAGUUCCUUGACUAAUUGUACCAGUCUAAGCAUACUGGGUGCUGCUGGGAAUCAUUUUGGUGGAGUAUUGCCUCCAUCUAUUACCAACUUGUCAGACCAAUUCACAAGCCUAACCUUAGGUGAAAAUAUGUUAAGUGGAGGCCUUCCAGUAGGGAUUGAAAACUUGAUUAACUUGCAAGUUUUCGCUGUGGAAAAUAACUACUUGAAUGGUAGUGUCCCUCUCAAUGUUGGUAAGCUUCAAAACUUGGCCAAAUUGUAUUUGCAAGGUAACAAACUAAGUGGGCCAAUUCCAUCAUCCAUUGGUAACUUGUCCUUGAUCAUCGAGCUUCGUUUGAAUGAUAACGAACUUGAUGGAAGUAUACCACCAAGCUUAGGACGAUGCAAAAGACUUCAAGCUCUUGACCUAUCUAAUAAUAAGCUAAGUGGUACCAUACCCGAGGAAGUUCUCAGUCUCCCUUCCCUUUCACUCUUUUUGGCCUUGGCUCAGAACUCACUCACUGGUCCAUUACCAGCUCAAGUGGGAGAAUUAAUUAGUUUAUCUGAGUUGGAUCUGUCAGAGAACAUGUUAUCAGGAAAUAUUCCCGAAGACCUUGGUAAAUGUAUUGGCCUGAUUCAUUUGUUUUUGGAUCAUAACCUAUUUGAGGGAACAAUUCCUCAAUCUUUGGAAGCUUUGAAAGGUCUAGAAGCACUUGAUCUUUCAAGCAACAACUUGUCUGGGCCAAUUCCCCAAUUUCUUGACCAGUUUCUUGCACUCAAGUAUCUCAAUCUAUCCUAUAAUAGUCUAUGUGGUGGUUUUCAACACUUACAUUUACCUUCAUGCAUGCCUAACCCAACACAUUCAUCCAACAAGUUUCUGACAAAAAAGGUGUUAGCCUGUACAAUAUCUACAGUCACAUCUGCCAUUGUUAUUUUGAGCAUCCUUCUUGUGUGUUUAAUGCUUAAGAAGUCGAGGAAGAAUGCUUCGAAUUCAUCUUCCAACUCCAAGGAUUUUCUAUUGCAAGUUUCCUACUUACAACUCAGUAGAUCAACUGACGGGUUCUCUAGAGACAAUUUGAUUGGUUCAGGUAGUUUCGGUUCUGUGUAUAAAGGUUCUCUGUCAAAUGAUGGAUUGAUUGUUGCAAUCAAAGUUGUAAACCUCCAACAAGAAGGUGCUUCCAAAAGUUUUGUUGAUGAAUGCAAAGCUCUUGCAAAUAUACGACAUCGAAAUCUACUAAAGAUCAUAACUUCUGUCUCGAGCAUCGAUGGACAAGGCAAUGAGUUUAAAGCUCUAGUUUUCGAUUUCAUGUCCAAUGGAAACUUGGACCGUUGGCUUCACCCUACAAAUCAAGGGGAGAAUCAAAGAAGGUUGAGUCUUAUCCAGAGACUAAAUAGUGCCAUUGAUAUUGCUUGUGCAUUAGAUUAUCUUCACAAUCAUUGCGAAACACCUAUUGUUCACUGUGAUCUAAAGCCUAGCAAUGUAUUGCUGGACGAUGAUAUGGUAGCCCAUGUAGGGGACUUUGGUUUAGCAAGAUUCAUGUUGGAAGGCUCAAAUGAUCAAUCAUCUUUCAGCCAAACCAUGUCACUUGCGCUUAAGGGGUCGAUCGGGUAUAUCCCUCCAGAGUAUGCCACUGGUGGUAGAGUUUCCAGUGAAGGAGAUAUUUUCAGCUACGGAAUACUACUAUUGGAGAUGAUCAUUGGAAAAAGACCCACAGACAGCGCGUUUCACAGUGGCGUAGAUAUUCAUAUGUUCACUUCAAUGGCAUUGUCUCAUGGAGCGUUGGCCAUAAUUGACCCUUAUUUGCUAUAUGAAGAAACACGUUGUCAAGAAGAAGAGAAGGAAGAUAGAAUACAAGAAAUAGCAAUAAUGAUGGGUGAAGAUAAUCAUGGUAGAGAAACUGUACCAAGAUGGAUGGAGGAAUGUGUAGUUUCAAUAAUGAGAAUUGGGUUAUCAUGCUCUUCAACUGUGCCUCGAGAAAGAACGUCCAUGAAUAUGGUUGUUGACGAAUUGCAGAAAAUAAGAAGCUGCUAUCUCAAGUUUAAGAAGGCACUGGGUUCCUGAGAGACAAAAUGAUUGUAUUUUGGCCGCAAUGGGUUCCUGAAGUAGCAGCAGGCAGCAGCACCAUUAAACUUCCUUAGUUAUGUGUCCUUUGAAUAGUCCUGCCAAAAUUAUCAAUUUUUUUUUUUCUCUUUGUCAGAUGAAGAAAUUCAUAAGGUCACCAAUGCUCUAAACCCUUCAAAUCUUACGUAA